GCCCGAGGAGGUGGCAGGGGCGGGAGCAGCCCCAGGAGAGCCCCGAGGAAGAGCGACGGGGAGUAUGGAGGCCGAGGCAGCCCGCGGGGCUUCAGGCACUUACCCCGUGGACGCUCUGGAAGAUGACCUGGAGGGCCAGCGGGAGGCAGCUCUGGCUCUGGCUUACUACACUUCGCUUGGGGACAGGACUCGGCCCUCAGCGGAGAGCUUCUCUCUUCCCACUGGGGAACAGGUUAAGCUUGAAACUUCAUCUGUUUGCUUUUGCACUGUUUACCGGGAUGAACCUCAACACAAAAUACUGGUUUUGGUUAAUCCCCGGGACACAAAGACAGUUGUGGCUGUUUACUUAAAGGAAUCCUGGUGGUCUACGGAAGAUGUGCUAAGAACUGCUGACCCCACAAGAGAAGGUCUCAUGAAGGUUCAGUCCUUUGGGGAAAGAAUUGUGCUUUUCAUUCUGAAUGUCAUUAUUUUUGGAAGAUUGGAGAGAAAGUUGGAUGAGGAUGACAUGUUUUUUUUACCUCACUCUGUGAAGGAGCAAGCUAAAAUUCUGUGGAAAAGUGGAGCAGCUGUUGGAUUUUACACAACAAAAUUGAAAGGCAGUCUGUGUGACAGCGGCACUGGUGCAUGCUAUCUGUUGCCAGUCUUUGAUACUGUGUUUGUCAGGAGGACACAUCGUCGCCAAGGCCUUGGCAUAGCCAUGCUGAGGGACUUCUGUGAGACCUUCCAAGAAGAGGAGGCCCUGGGGGUCAGUCAUCCGAUUUCUCCUGCCAUGUUCCGAGUCUGUAGGCAAUUCCUGUUGGCCUAUCCAGAGGAGCGGGGGCGCCUGUGGGAGGUGGAGCCCCCAGGGGCCUGGGAUCAGCGCAUCAACAUCUGGCUCCAGGUUCAGCUUCAAGAGGCAGGACUUCCAGACCGGGCCAGAGCCUUGGAGGAGAAGUAGAAAAUAAAAAGAGUGAUCAAGAUCAUAGAGUGAAAGACGAGGGAGCUGAGCUGCCUGUGAGACCCCAUUGACCUGAGCCAUCUGGAAGGAAAAGAAGCCAAGAGGAUGACGGUGCUCACCGUGCUGGUCAUGGAGCUCUGGCGAAGGCUUCUGCUCCAAACCCCCAGCUCCGGACUCCUCCAGGGCUUAUGUGGCAUUGAGCUUUGGGUGCUUGAGGAGACAAAGGCCGCAGACCCUGCUGAUUUCUGGCUUCCCUCUGGUGUGAGCUCCAGGACUAGGCCAGCUGGGAACUCCCAGUUUAAGCAGGGAACUCUCUACAGGGACAGGGAAGUAUCCUCUCAGUUCUGCAAGCCAAUUGUGGGCAGUUCUGGAAGGUUCCAGCUCAUUCUUCAAACCCAAUAUGAUUUCUGCUCGCCAGGAUAAAUUUGUGAAGCUGCACCAGGACCAUGGGAGUUUCCCUGAAAAACUCUCUUCCUUAGUACAAGUGACCUCAGAGAGGGCCCUUACCAUCCUGACCUACGCUGUAGAAAUCCUUUUCACCUUCAGUCCUGAUGUGACCAUGAGAUCAUGGAUACCGGACAUUUCCAGGGAGACAAGCUCCUUUUCUGGGGACGCUUUGGCCACUUCAGAGCUUCCUGAGGGUAGGGAAUGGUGCGCACCAUAAGCCUUGUGCUCCUAUGGAGCCAGGGAACAGGACUCAGGGUGGAUUUUGGGUAGACUUCUGCUCUCACCUGCUUUAGAUGGGAACCAGAGGGUGGGAAUUUAGACUAUGGGCAUUUCUACCCUAUGGAAAGACUUGUGGUAGUAAAAGUAACUAAAAGUCACAGCCUGAGCCAGUGUGGCCUUGGCUUCCCCCAUCUCACACAUCUCAGGGCUUGUGCAGAGGACCUCUGCUUGGCUGUGUUGGGGGGCAAAGUCUGGCCAGGAUAUGCCCUCAGGCCAGGUGCACACAGCUCCUCACAAGCCAGGCUUGUCAUGGGGCUUGGAGCUGCUCCCAGGGGGAUGGGCACUGUUUUCUUUCUGUUAGACCUGGAUGCAGAUGUGCAGUAGGAUUUUCCCCAGAGGAAGCUGCCCAACCCUCCUGAGACUGACAGCCCAAAUUUCAGCCCCUACUUCUUGUUGCGUGCAAAUUGGACCAUAUCACUGAGCAUAGUCCAAAUCCCUCCAUGGCUGGUGGGACCUUCAAGAACCCAGGGGGAGUCUCUGUGGGUCCUGCAGGCUCUGUUCCUUGCCCUCUGUAUCUUGGUUGCCUGGGAUUGAGGAUCUCUGCUCUAUUCUUUUUUUUGUUUUUGUUUUUGUUUUUGUUUUUGUUUUUCUCGGGUACCGGGA